UCAUUUUUCCAUCGUUGAUUUUUGAUUUUUGAUUUCAAUUUUUUUUUCGGGCAAUAGACAGGAUCGUUUUUGUUUUUUUUUCGGUUGGUCACCGAACAAACUGAAUAAGAAUUGUCCAAUGAACGUUCGACAAACAUGGAAAACAUUAGGAUGGAUUACGUUUGGUAGCCUUUCUACAUAUGGUUUUCUAAAUCAAUAUCCUGAUUAUAUUUCAUUGAAAAAACGUCAAAAAAAUAUCGAAUCUAUCAUUAAAUCACAGGAUAAUAAUGAUCAGAUUUUGGAAAAAAAUCCCGUUAAAAAUAUCGAUGUUGUUGUUGUUGAUGGUAAUGAUAGAACCGAAAAAUUAUAUUCGGAUGCAAUCAGAAAAAGUCGACAACGAUUAUUACAAUGGAAAACUGAACAAACUGUACCGGGUUUUGUAAUUGGUAUUAGUGUUCGUGGUCGACCAGUAUGGAUUGAAGGACAAGGUUAUGCUGAUAUUGAAAAUAAUGUCCGAUGUCAUCGUGAUACUAUUAUGCGUAUUGCAUCCAUUUCAAAAUCAAUAACAGCAACAAUGUUAGCCAAAAUGGUUGAAGAUCGAAAAAUUGAUUUAGAUAAUUCUAUUUAUAAUUAUCUUAAUGAUGGACAAUUCCCACGAAAACAAUGGCAAAAUGAACAAGUUGAUAUUACUGUACGACAAUUAGCUGCACAUCUUAGCGGUAUACGUACCUAUAAAGAAGAAGAAACGGAUAAAACAAAAACCGAUUUUGAUUGUCCAGAAGUUUAUCAAAAAGAUUAUUUUUCAUCAGUUACCGAUAGUCUUCGACUGUUUAAAGAUGAUCCAUUAGUGGUCAAACCGGGAACAAAAUUUCAUUAUUCAACAUAUGAUUAUACAUUGUUGGCAGCCGUUAUGGAAAACCAAAUGGAAACGAAAAAUUUUGCUAAAGAAUUUCAAAAAUUUAUUCGUAAUGAACUUGGCCUGUUGAAUACUUACUUGGAUCAAAAUGAUCAAAUUAUUUAUAAUCGUUCACGUUAUUAUUAUCGUGAUACGAAAAAACCGAAUAAUGGUCAAAUUCAAAAUGUACCAUAUGUUGAUAAUAGUUAUAAAUGGUCUGGUGGUGGUUUAUUAUCCAAUGUACCGGAUCUUUUACAAUUUGGUAAUCUAUUACUGUAUAGUUAUUUGGGUACGGAUCCAAUUAAUGGUCGAAAAGGUUAUCUUCAACGAUCAACUGUUGAUGAAAUGUGGAAACCAUUAGAAAAUUCAUCACCAAAUUGGCAAAAAGAUAAAUCACGUGGUUAUGGUUUAGGAUUUUCAGUUAUUCGAAAUGGUCAUGAAAAUUGUCGUGCUUUUGCUGCUGAACCACCAUUUAAUAAUGUUGCAAUGCAUACUGGUGGUGCUGUUGGUGCAUCAUCAUUAUUAUUGAUUGAACCAGAUUCAGAAAUUGUUGUUGCAAUAAUUGUUAAUCUUCAACAUGCAUUACCAAUGUCAUUGAUUAAUGAUAUUGUAAAAUUAUUUUCCACCACUGCUAUCGAAAAGAAAGAUUAUCAUCAAAAAAAAACUAAUUAAAUAGGAAAUUACCUUUUUAUAAAUUUUUAAAUUUACAAAUUCGAUGCCA